UGGCACGGCACCGAGAUUAGAGAGUCGUGUUUCGUGAACGCACUUAAAAAACUUCACUUGAAAACAUUGUUAUUGCUUACGAUUUUUUUUAUACCUAAUCAAUUCAUUAUCACUAUACUAUCAGUAGUACAGGCUACAGGUAUUCAUCACGGCUCGAGAUAGUGCAAUAUGUGCUAUCUGCAGACUGCAGCCAUGAUUUUUGACCGCCACAUCAAUCGAUGGACCGUCGACUUAAGAACGUGCUGUUCGCUGCGUCCGCAGGAGUCUGCGGUUCGUCGGCCGGCUUGUUCAGCAAAAUUGGGAUGAGCGUAAACGAGUUCUUCGGCUACGACGAUCAGACUCUGUACACCAAUUUAGCCAGAUUCAUCAUGCUGGCAAUGGUUGUGCUGGCCAAUAUUGGUGGUUGGCUGAUGUAUACCAGAUCCCUGCGAUUCGGUUCCACGUUGGUAUCUACCGGCAUCAGCAUCGCUUCCAAUUACGUCUUUACCGCUUUAACUGGUGUAUUAUUGUUUGCUGAGAGCUGUUCAAUUCUUUGGGCAUGUGGUACAUUUUCUGUCAUGAUUGGAGUCAUACUGAUGUCGAUUUGAAUAUUUUACAAAUACAAAUGUAAACUGAUCUCGUGUAUAUAAUAUUUUAAUGGUUAAUAUUAUUUAAAUAAACAAUUAUGCAUAGAAGAAAAAA